CUGUCAAUGUCAAUAACCAAAAUAACCUAAAAAAUCUCUGUGUAAAAAAAAUGUUAGAAAUUCGAUAUAUUUUAAAGAUUUACCCCAAAAGAAAUAAUAUUCGGCUUUUAUCAUCUGUUGCAAAACCGAAUGUAAAAACUGAUUUAGUAAUAAAUAACGUAAGUUUUAAAAAUGACGAUUUUACAAAUAUAACCCCAAAAAUUCUUUCUCACAUCGGUAAAAACAUCCACACUCAAAAAUAUCACCCUCUAUCGAUGGUAAGACAAAGAAUUGUUAAUUAUUUUUAUAAAAGAUUUGUAACGAAUCGUGGAAAUCCUAUUUUUUCUAUGCACGAAAAUAUUUCUCCAAUUGUAACAACGGACCAAAACUUUGACUCUUUAUUGAUACCAAAAGAUCACCCUUCGCGGUCUAAAAGCGACUGUUAUUAUUUAAAUAAAGAUUAUUUGCUGAGAGCGCACACAACUGCACAUCAAUCUGAAUUAAUUCAAUCUGGUUUAAAUGCUUUUCUGGUGAUAGGAGAUGUUUAUAGACGGGAUGAAAUUGAUCGAACUCAUUAUCCAGUUUUUCAUCAAGUUGAUGGGGUUUUAUUAAAAACAAGAGAUAAAGUUUUUCCUCAAGAUGAAUCGUUAUCGUUAUUUGAAAAAGGAAAUAAUACAAAUGGGAUUAGAAGUCAGCCGAAACAAGCCUGUCAUACUUUAGAAGCUGUUAAAGUUAUGGAACACGAUUUAAAAUCAACUUUAGAAGGUUUAGCAAAAGAAUUGUUUGGUAAUGUUAAGCAACGAUGGGUGGAGACAUAUUUUCCAUUUACAGACCCAUCUUGGGAAUUAGAAGUUUGGCAUAAAGAGCAAUGGAUGGAAAUUUUAGGUUGCGGAAUAAUGAAACAAAACAUUUUAUCUAAUUCAGGAGUAAACGACCGAAUUGGAUGGGCGUUCGGUUUAGGAUUAGAAAGAAUCGCAAUGUGUUUAUACAACAUUCCCGAUAUACGAUUAUUUUGGUCUGAGGAUUCUGGUUUUUUGAAUCAGUUUAAAACGGAUGAUAUUUAUAAACAGAUUGAGUAUAAAGCAAUUAGUCAAUUUCCUCAGUGCAACAAUGAUAUUAGUUUUUGGUUACCUGAUGGGUAUUCAAGCAAUGAUUUUUAUGAUUUGGUACGAAAUAUUGGAGGAGAUAUGAUCGAACAAGUUUCUUUAAUCGAUGAAUUUAAACAUCCAAAAAAUGAGAAAAUAAGUCAUUGUUAUAAAAUUACUUAUCGACAUAUGGCGAAAACUUUAAGUCAAGAUGAAGUUAAUAUUAUUCAUAAAGAAAUUGAGAAAAGUGCUAGUGAACAAUUAAAUGUUAAAAUUAGAUAAUAAAAAUUGUAUAAGUUGUAUAAAA